AUGUGUGAGUGUGGACUCAGGAUGAAGAUCCUCCUCAUUGUCACCCUCUGCCUGAUCUCAGAUGGAGGAGAUUCCAAGGAAGUAACAGGAUAUUCAGGAGGAGGAGUCCUUAUCAAGUGCAAGUAUGAUACAGGAUACACACAAAACAAUAAAUAUUUCUGCAAGAGUUCAACACCGGGCUGUCCUGACAAAAUAAGAACACAUGCUAAAAAUGAGUGGAUGAAUUCAGGAAGAUUCUCACUGUAUGAUGACACCAAAUCAGCAGAGUUCAGGGUGAUGAUCAAAGAACUCACUGUACAGGACACUGGGACGUACCAGUGUGGAGUUGAUAGAAGUAUUGUUUUAUUAACACCAGUGGAACUGAAGGUAAAGGAAGAUCCAUCCUGUAUGAAGUCCAUCAGUGAGACUGUCCAUGUAGGAGAAGAUUUGAACAUCAGCUGUAAAUACCCAGAAUCCCUCAGGAGUAAUCCCAAGUUUCUGUGCAAUACAAGGCUACAAGCGUCAGUUUGUUUUUAUAAAAAAUCUGUUAACGAAAGUGAAAAGCAUGUAAAUGUGGGGAAAUUCUCCCUGUAUGAUGACAGAGCAAUACAAACCUUGAGUGUGAGUAUUAGAAAUGUAACUGAGCGAGACUCUGGUGAAUACUGGUGUGGAGCUGAAGCAGCCUGGGAAUCUGAUGAUGGAUACAAGGUUUAUUUCACACAGAUCAACCUGACAGUUACUGAGCCGCAUGCCCCAGUUUCCAGCUUAAAGCCAACACAACGGUCUUCAUCACCAUCACCACCAACACCACCAUCAUUAUCAUCAUCAUCAUCAUCAUCAUCAACACCACUACUUCUUACCAAUAACCACAAUUCCUCCUGGCCUACUCCAAGUCCUCCUCCACCGGGAUUUCCAGCUUCCACUGUGAUCACUGUAUCUGUAAUUCUGCUGCUGCUUCUGAUUGGAGUCUCAUUCCUUACUUUGACUCUACAAAAGAGAUGCAAGAUGCAAGCAGGUACAGCUUUUUCUGGCAGUAGUUCUGUCCAAGACCCAGGAAACAACCAAGGGGUUUCUCUCGAUGCCUGUGAAUAUGAGGAAAUUGAAGACACCGGCAAACUUUCUGCCAUAGCUGAUGGAACUUCAACAAUUUACUCUACUGUACAACUACCCACAGUCGCCUCUGACCCUUCUCAACCUCUUUAUGACAACAUGGUGUUGCACACAACCCCUCCUGAAAAGAUCAUCUACUCCAUAGCUCAGUCACCCACAGCUCUCUCAACUGAGAAAUCGACUUAUACAACAGUGAAUUUUCACUCCAAAACCACUAAUGAUGCAAUGCCACAAAUUGUCUUUAAGAAAGAAGCCUGUGACUAUGCUUUAGUCAAUCAUGUUACUUCACAUAGAUAGGGUUUUAUCAUUAUGGAUCCAAGCAUGCAGUGCUGGAACUUUGCUAAUUUAUUCCUUUUUUAUUUUUUUAUUUUUUUCAUUUGGUCUUGACCACCAUCAUGCAACAGCUAGGAGCGAGAGUGGACUAAUCACACUUCCUCUGAGAGAUGUGUGAAACCACUAAACUAUUUAUUUUCAAACUGCUGCAUCACAGGGUGGUGUAACACACUCAUACAAGAGUAAAGCACUAUUUGCCCCCCUUAGCAAACAUGAUAUCACAGACUCGUCGUUUGCCACUGUCACUAUGAUUGACAAAGAAAAGAGAGCAUGCCUGUUUUUAACACUUAGUCAUUAUGUAAAAUUUACUUUGAUUCAG